AUGUGGUUUGGUGAAUCUGAGGUGAAUGUUCGAGAUGUCUUUGAUAAAGCCCGUGCUACUGCUCCAUGUGUAAUGUUCUUUGAUGAAUUGGAUUUGAUCGCAAAAGCUCGUGGAUCCAAUUUAGGUGAUGGUGGCGGUGCUGAUGACCGUGUUCUUAAUCAAAUUCUUACUGAAAUGGAUGAUAUAAACGCUAAAAAGAAUGUAUUUAUUAUCGGUGCCACAAAUCGUCCAGAUCAAAUUGAUCCGGCUCUGCUUCGUCCUGGUCGUCUUGACCAAUUGAUUUAUAUUCCUCUACCUGAUGAGUCAUCGAGGUUAUCAAUUUUGAAAGCCACAUUACGAAAAUCACCUGUAUCUGACAAGGUUGAAAAACAUUUGAGUUAUUUAGCCAAGAAAACCGAAGGGUUCUCUGAGAUAACUGGUGAAGAAGCUACUAUGGAUGAAGAUGAGGAUGAUCCAGUCCCUGAAAUUACAAUUGCCCACUUCGAAGAAGCUAUGAAAGUUGCUCGCUCAGUUUCUGAUAGCGACAUUCGCAGAUAUGAAAUGUUUGCCCAAAACCUUCAAUACUCUCAAAGUUAUAGCUGUUCGAAAAAACCCAAAUCUUCAAAUUGGUAUGACUCUUUAUAG